AGAAACCCCUACAAUCUUCGACGGAAUGAUUUUUACCCGGCUUUUCUUCCAGCACUUUGAUCAUACCACAACGGAAAAUUCAGCGCAAUCGAGUCUCCUAAAAAACAGUAAACGUUCCUCUCACGAUUUCCGUUUGGACGUCUCCCUCGUCGACAAUUCUCCGUCACCGGUGGUCCUCGGCAGUCUCCUAAAGAUGUCUGCGGUCGGAUCUUCUUUAUCGCACUACACAUACCCUAACGGGACCUAUUUUCCGACGCCAUUCCACCUUCAACAGCAACAACCGCAAGCCUACAUCGGCCCCGCCUCCCUCCCCCCUGUUCAAGUCCCCGUUCCUUCCGUCGUUCCUACGGUAUAUCCAGUUACCGCCCCUCUUCCGAGUACAUCCCUAUCUCAAUACCAACAAGCAAAUCAGCUGUUUCAAAGGGUUGCCCAAAUAGUUACACCAGAAGCAAUUGAGAAUGUGAAAGCCGCACUUGCAAGCAGUGAAAUCGAACAGAAAGCUGAUGCUAAGAAGAAAGCAGUUCAUCGUAAAGCUGCUGGCCAAACUUGGGAGGAUCCCACCCUUGCUGAUUGGCCAGAAAAUGAUUACCGCUUAUUUUGUGGCGAUCUUGGAAAUGAGGUGAAUGAUGAUGUUUUAUCAAAAGCAUUUUCAAGAUUCCGGUCAUUUAACAUGGCCAGGGUUGUGAGAGACAAAAGAACAGGCAAAACAAAAGGCUAUGGAUUUGUGAGUUUUUCCAACCCUUCAGAUCUUGCAGCAGCCCUUAAAGAAAUUAAUGAGCGCAAGGUCUUUCAUAGCUAAGUAAUCAAUUUCACAAGACCCCCAACGAGCGAGAAAUGGGAAAUAUGUUGGAAACCGACCUAUCAAACUUCGGAAGAGUAGGUGGCAAGAUAGGAUUGACUAUGAAGCUUUAGAAAGGCAAAAGAACCAAACUCAAAAGAAGACCAAGAUGCCCAAGAAGUGAAUGCUGAUAAGGCAUGCAAUUUGAGAUUCAAAGACAAGCUGCGUAGGAAUAAUUUUUUGUUAAACUUUAGAAGUUUAUCUGAUGUAAUUAUGUUUGGAGUACUAGUUAUCCCUGGUAGUCCGACAUGAUUGUAUGGAAUACAUAUGGGAUUUCAUCUUUUCUUUAGAUGCAAGAUCUCUGUUAAUGUGUAGAUUUCUUCUGAACUAUAUAUCGAAGUGGAAAUAGUGGAUGCAGGUAUUGGUAGACUUGGUUCUAGAACCGGACUUGAACAAUGCAGGUACAAGGCCGGGCUGGUUGUUAGAAUUGAUUGGAAGUGCUUGUAAAUUUUAUUAAUAAAUCAAAUCAUGGCGUUUGGGAUAGAAGGAAAAGUAACUUAUUUUAGUUGGAUAGAACUCACAGAAGUGAUUGUGAUUGUGAUCUUUGUUACGUUAUGUUUGCCUUGAACUAUUAAAAUUUAGCCAUUA